AUGAGCGACGUUUGUUCAUACAUUCAAGUCCAGGGUGGUGACGGGUGUUGGGCCCUUGCCCAACGCUGUGGCAUCUCCCAGGACGACCUCACCAUAUACAACCCUGCCUCCAACUUUUGCGACACCCUCGUAGUGGAUCAGUAUGUCUGCUGCUCUGAGGGGUCCCUUCCGGACUUCUCGCCCAAGCCCGAUGAUGACGGAAACUGCUUCGUCUAUGUAGUUCAGCAGGACGACACCUGCGCCGAUAUCGCCAAGGCGAACCAGAUGGACGCGGACAAGAUCCCCGACUACAACAGCCUCACCUGGGGCUGGACGGGGUGCAGUAUGCUCCAGCUCGGUCAAAGCAUCUGUCUGAGUGAAGGCAUGCCACCAUUCCCUUCACCCGUCGAUGGGGUCGCUUGCGGCCCACAGAAACCUGGAACAGAGAAGCCAAACAACGGUUCGACAUGGGACUGGGCGGAAUUAAACCCGUGUCCCCUGAACGCGUGCUGUGAUGUUUGGGGCCAAUGCGGCAUCACUCCUGAAUUCUGCACCAACACCACCGCCGACGGCGGGGCACCAGGCACCGCAAAGAACAACACCAACGGCUGCAUCUCCAACUGCGGCACCGAAAUCAAGAGCACGAGCGUAUGGCUCCCCAACCCCCGGCGCAUCGGCUACUUCGAGGCAUGGAACCUGGACCGCAAGUGUGCCAACAUGGACAUCUCCAAGAUGACCGAGGACGGCUACUACACACACGUGCACUGGGCGUUUGGCAACAUCACCGAAAGCUGGGAGGUAGACGUGAGCGGCCUCCAGGAGCAGUUCGAUGGCCUGCUGAAGCUGCAGAACAUCCAGCGCAUUAUGAGCUUUGGUGGCUGGGGGUUCUCGACCGAUGCCUACACGCACAAUAUCUUCCGAACGGGCGUCCGCGACGGGAAUCGCCAGACCCUCGCUGCCAAUGUCGUCAAGUUCAUUGUGGAUAACGACCUCGACGGGGUAGACUUUGACUGGGAAUAUCCGGGGGCCCAAGACAUCCCGGGGAUCGACCCAGAUAACCUUGACUCGGGAGAGAACUAUGCCGAGUUCCUGAAGCUCGUUCGCAACCAGCUGCCGGAGGAGAAGUCCAUGUCAAUGGCCCUUCCGGCGUCAUACUGGUACCUGAAGGGCUUCGACCCGCUCACUCAGUUUGAUAACUACAUUGACUACUAUGUCUACAUGACGUACGAUCUCCACGGCCAGUGGGACUGGAACAACACGUUUGUCAACCCCGGUUGUCCGACCGGCAACUGUCUCCGCAGCCAUGUGAACAAGACCGAGACCGAGUACACACUCGCCAUGAUCACCAAGGCUGGGAUCCCGUCUAUCAAGAUCGUGCCGGGGCUUGCCCUGUACGGCCGCAGUUUUGAGAUGACCGACCCCGCGUGCAAGGGACCUGAAUGCACUUUUACCGGGAAGGAAUCCGGGGCCACCAAGGGAGCCUGCACAGAUACCGCCGGCUACCUCUCCAACGUCGAGAUCCAAGACCUGAUUGCCGCGGCCAACAGCGAAGACAACUACAAUAACGUCACCAUCUCGCAGUACGAGGACGAAGGCGACAUUCUCAUCUACAACGGCAACCAGUGGGUAUCCUGGCUGACCCCGGACAGCUACAACGCGCGUCGGCAGUGGUAUGACGACCUGCACUUCGGUGGUAGCGUAGACUGGGCCGUCGACCUGAACCGGACCUACGGCAACAAUGGCACGGGCGACCUCCAAGAAAGUGGUGACGACUGGCCCGAGUUCGAACCCUGCCCGAACAUCCACUUCCCCUACCUCGAGGGGCUGCAGACGGCGCAGGCCGCCGGCGCGAUUCCCGACCACUGCGUCGCGCAGAUGACGCUGGACACGCUGCUGUGGAUGUUGGACACGGCCUACGACAACUACACCGAGGUCAACAACGGCUACGACGAGAUGUUUGAGUAUUAUGUCCAGUACAUUGAAAAGGUCGUGCCGGCCGUACUCGAGAACGCCUUCAUGUGGAAUAUGAGCAUCACCGGCAGCAAUCAGCUGGUGCCGGAGAUUGGAUAUGGGAUGCAGUACUUUGAUUGCCGCUUCCCCGAACAAGACGACUUUGUCCCCUGCGCCGCCUCCUGGGACGACAACCUCGACCCCCUCCUCCGGUACAUCGACGCCACGGACCUGACCCUCCGUGACAAAGAUGGCUUCUCCAAAGCCCUCGUCACCGCCGGCCUCUUAGACGACUGGGUAGAUUUCGGCGACUACUCGAUCCACCGCACGAACUACAACACGCGCCCCGCAACCUCGUGGACACUAAGCUUCACCGGGUGGCCCAUCAAGAACGAGUCCAUGGUCGUGCAGAACCCCAAGGACAUCGUGACGAAGGGCUUGCCGAACCUUCCCACUAUGCGGUCGGAGAUGGAGAGCACGAUGCUGGAGAUUAUGGGCGGCAGCUGGACGGGCGGCGAUCCCCGGGAUGCGGCGCUGGCUUACGCCCCGGCUGUGUUUAUGCUGGAGCAGGCGGUGGAUAGCAUGGCGCAGGCGAAGAAGCUAGGAGAGCAGGAAGAGGAGGAGGAGGAAGAAGAAGAACGAAAGCGGAAGGAGAAUUUCAUCUUGUUGAUUAUUAGCGUGGUGUUUAUGACUUAUACUAACAAGAUUCCCGCCCAGUUCGUCCCAAUGGUCGGCGAGGGGGUCGCCGCUAGCCUCGGGUUUGCUAAUCUGGCCCGCAUUAUCGCCAUCGCUGGCGAACUGGGCAACGCCGUCCUGGCCACUUACGACACAGUCAAGGAUCCGAGCGCGGCCAUUGUCAACAUGCUGGGCAUGAUGUUUGGGGCUGCGGGCUUUGUCAAGGCGUCGCGCGAUGCAAAGGGUCUCGGCGACGUGGCCAAGUGGAGGAAGGGGAUGAAAGCAGGGGAGAUCGCAUCCCUGGGCAAGAUCUUCGAGGACGGAGACGGGAAGCUGCAGGACAUACUAGGGAAGGUGUGUAAGCUGUAG